UAAAAAACGUUAAACCUCUCUAAAAUCAUGUCUGCACUCUGCACACCGCAACUGCAAGCAUCAGAAAGCAAAAGUGCAGCCCUAGUUUUGUGUGUAUUCAUUUCCAUUUUCCAACCCUAACCUAGCGCUCUUCUUGCUCUCUCUGUUUGACAUCAAAAUCUCAUAGUGGUGGAGAAGAGUAAAAGAUCAAUGUGGGUCGACCACAAUUGUUUUUCUCAGCACCUGAUGUUACUGUGUGCUUAUUGGCCUUGAUUGAGCUAGAAGCUACAGAGAUCUGUGAGUACAUUGAAGUUAGCUGAACCAACAUGGGAUAUGUAAUUACUCUGCGAAACAAUAUUUUUACCUCCCAAUUUAUGCUUGGUGUGCGUGGGUGCAUCAGACAAGAUAGCUGUAAUUCAGGUUCCACCUUUUCUUUUGAUUGUUGUUCGCCGAAGAAAUCUCCAUCCAUACGCAGAAUUUGUUAUUUCAAGUACUUUGUUGCAACAAAAAAUUGUUCACUUCGAAAAGGAUUGCCGUGUAGAAGCUUUCAACGACGGGGAAGUGUUUUGCUUGAUCGAGUCAAUGAAGUUGACCAUGAAGAUUGGGCCUUUGAAGGUUAUUCUGUCGGUGAAGGCAGCAAUAGUGAAUUCACAGGACUAGUGGAUUUAAACAAGUCUAUAGACUCCCCAUCUUCGUCCCCAGAUGGACCAUUUGUUGGCAAUAAUCAAAAAACCAAUAAUAUGAUACUCCACAAUCUUUGCAGCCGCGGAAAGUUAACGCUUGCAGCAAAGUUGAUUGAUAUUAUGUCACGUAAAGGCCAAAUACCUCAUUUCCCAUGUUGUACAAAUUUGAUUCGUGGCUUUAUCAGAAUCGGUCUAGUCGGAAAAGCUUGUAGAAUCAUGACCAUAAUGGUCAUGUCUGGUGGUGUUCCUGACACAAUUACAUUCAACAUGGUAAUUGGUGGCCUGUGUAAAAUAGGUCGUCUGAGAUCUGCAAUUGCUAUGGUUGAAGAUAUGAGCAUGAGUGGCUGCUCCCCAGAUGCAAUUACAUACAAUACAAUAAUUCGCUGCAUAUUUGAUAAUGGCAAAGAUGCCAAUCAGGCGAUUAGCUUCUGGAAGGAACAAUUGAGGAAAGGGUGCCCUCCUUAUCUGGUUACCUACACAGUGCUUAUUGAUCUGGUGUGCAGAUACUGUGGCACUGCUCGUGCACUCGAAGUACUUGAAGAUAUAGCAAUGGAAGGAUGCUAUCCAGAUAUCAUUACAUACAAUUGUCUCACAAAUCUUACUUCUAAACAAGGGAAGUAUGAGGAUACAGUUUUCAUUUUGAAUAAUCUUCUAACCCACGGGAUGGAGCCAAACUAUGUGACAUACAAUACUCUUCUUCAUUCUCUUAGUAACCAUGGGUACUGGGAUGAAGUUGAUGAGAUUCUGAGGAUUAUGAGUGAGACUACUGGUCCACCCACAGUUGUUACCUACAAUAUUAUGCUCAAUGGUUUAUGUAAAUCUGGACUUCUGGAUCGUGCAAUAAGCAUCUACAUUAAUAUGGUUUCAGAAAACUGUUCACCAGACAUUAUAACUUACAAUACUCUUCUACGCGCUGUGUGUAAAGAGGGCUUUAUCGAUGAGGGCAUUGAGUUACUUCACUUAUUGGCAGGCACUACUUCUCCGGGGCUGGUAAGCUAUAACAUAGUGAUUGAUGGGGUGACAAAAAUGGGAUAUAUGGACUCAGCAAAAGAAUUGUAUGGUGAAAUGACAAAAAAGGGAAUAACUCCUGAUGAAAUUACGCAUAGUUGUAUGACUUGGGGAUUUUGUCGAUUGCAACAACUUGAGGAAGCUGUACAGAUAUUAAAGCUGAUGACUAAGAAAGAACAAAAGAUUAAAGAUGGUGCUUACAGAUAUGUGAUCCUUGGAUUAUGUAAACAGAGGAAGGUUGAUGUUGCAAUUCAGGCCCUGGAUUUGAUGGUAAGAAACCAUUACCAGCCAGAUGCGAGGAUAUAUUAUACUUUGAUUAAAGCUCUUGCUGAUGAGGGUAUGGUAGAAGAGGCUAACGAUUUGCACCAGCAGUUGGUCAGAUGGAAUCUUCUGAAAAAGGAAACCAUGUUCAGUUAAUUGACAUGUGCGCUUGGAAUGACCGAAUUCUAAGGCUUCUACAAGCCAUGUACAGUUUGCAUAUUCCUGUCGCAGGUGAUUUUUAGUCCUCUUUCUUUGUGACAUUUGGAGUCUCCUGUGUUUGGAAUUGUGUCAUGCUUCCAAGGAACAUUGUAUUACUUGGGGAAUGGGCAAAAAGACCUCCUCCAAUCAGAUGAGGUCUUUUAGUGAUGGCUGUUCAAUCCAACAUGUUCUAUGACUUCAUAAAUUUGAGCUUCCAGUUUAUGCUUUUUCUUAUCAUGGUGUAACUGUAUUUUUAUCUAUUCUAACAAAAAAACAAGAUAUUGGUCUUUUUGUGAUGGCUGUUCAAUCUAACAUGUUUGUUGACUCCAUAAAUUUGAGCAUCCGGUACAUGCUUUUUUUUUUAUCAUGGUAUAAC